AUGGAGGGCGAAUGUCUGUGCAAAGCGGUGCAAGUCAGAGUGAACGAUGACAACCUCUUCGGAUCACAAAGGCGAGGGCACAUUUGCCAUUGUGCCAACUGCAGGAAGAUCGCUGGCGGUAUAUUCGGCGUCAAUCUCACUAUCGAGGAGGACAAGGUUGAAUUUCUCAGGGGCAAGGGCGGCAUCAAGACAUAUGCGGACCCGGAGACCAUGAGUGGAACACCUGUAAACCGAAACUUCUGCGGGACUUGCGGGUGCCCUAUAUUCAGUCAGACGCCGGUGUACAAGGGCAAGAUCAUAUUGAAGCUUGGGCUGUACCCUAAGCUACCAGUGCCUGAGUGGGAGAGCUUUGUCAAGGACAAACAGGCGUGGGAGACGCCGAUGCCGGGCACCAUGCAAUUCACGUCCAAGUCCGGGGGAGAUCGUGUGCGUGGUAGCCUUGAAGUGGCAGACAAGGUGUAA